AUGUAUACAUCUUCUCGGGUCAGACAGGCAGGAGCAACCUGGAAGGUAGGCACCUCACGGUUGGUUACUAAGGUAGUAAACGUCAAAGGAAGGAAGACGUUGACCGUAACUGUGAGAGUGGGAGGAGAGGGGUACAUAACCCACCGGCAAAUCUCGGUGCACACACAAGUCGCGACUCUCUCUGGGCCUGGCCAACGGCAUCAAACAAACUCGAAAUCUCCAGCCAUCUCAUCCCUGCGCACUUGCACCGCAUUGCACCAGCUUCCCGAGCCCCUCUCCUCCCCUCCUCCACCUUUCCGUCCAGCUGUACUCCGUAGGCUCGUAGCUGUGGUCUCUCCUCUCCGCCUGAGGUGUGCGCAUUUACCUGGCCCACCGUCCACCAUCUCAACCGCGAAAGAGAACCCCCAGCCGAGACGACCCUGGCCGACCAGGGUAUCAACCAUCGCCAACCCCUGUUUUUGGUGCCCAUUGCUGCUCUUCUCCCUCCAAAACUCUCACUGGAGCUGUGCGUCACGCCGUCACCCUCUCGAGGAUUUGCACAAGCUCGAGAGCUACCUUGCCAGGACGAAGAGAGGAACACGGAAGAACAGAGCAAACACGACAAGCGGAGCGUCUCGCAUUCAGGCCCAGACCGUACUUAGACCACUCCAGUCCUCCACAACCUCGAGCCUCCUUCUUCUACCUUACUCUACUCUCCGAAUUGCUGCUACGAAUAUCGACAGAGUACCGAUACAGUCUGUUUGUUCCACCACAACCCACGCAUGCCCAGACUUUUCCAACCCCAUUCCUGAGCUUCUUUUCGAGCUGCAUUGUCUCAUUCUCUGCCCAUUCCACGCCAGUCUCGGUCUCAAGGAUAUACUUUGUCCACCCCCGCAUCCAGCCGCCUGGACUGCAACGGGUCUACCAACUUCUCACGGAUGCCUUACCGUCAGGUAG